AUGGAGCACAAUCACAUGUUAGGGGAAUGCCCCCCAUCCUACGCAUCUCACGACCCUCAAUCCUUGAAUUUGCCUUCUAUACCUACCGCGGAACCACCACCGAUUCAUCAUGACCGAGUUUUACCUCCACUACCUCCUAUGACUGUAGAGCAGAAAUAUCGGCAAGAACCAGUUUCAGAAGUACAAUCAACAUGGCCGUCUUCGAAUCCUUUAACCGCAUAUUAUCAACCAGGUCCCUCACAGCUAUCGCCUAAAACAACAACCAGAAGAAACACAGAUUCACCGAACGCUAUGGACUUAGAUAUAUCAGAAAAUAGAGCAAGGCGGGGAGGGAGUGUGCUAUCUAUAGACGAUCCAGAUGUGCGACUUGCUGCUGAAGCAUUAGGAGAUCUUCGCGCCGAUUUUAUACAGUCUCCCCCUCAUCCUCAUAACAAUGCCGCUUCGAACUCUCCCCGAUUUAGACAAGGUGGUUCUACACAACCAGAACCCCUCCUCUCGCUUCUCACCACAUCCCACCCAUUCAUUGGCAACGCAAUAGGUGGUUCUUUAUCCGCAUAUUCGGCUUCCAAGAAUUAUAGUCCUCGUUUCAAAUCUAGCGCAGAAUAUGUUGAAAGAAGGAUUUCUCCCGUUGUCAAUACAAUUAAUUCCGUUAAUCGUAUUACUGGAGUUGAAGGGGGUGUACGUUGGUUCCUCGGUGGUCGUCGACCAAGUCAUCAUGGUCCUUCCGACACGGAAUCCGAUUCCCCUUCUCAUAAACGUCGAAAGGUCAAUACCUCUGCUCCAUCCGACCUCGAAGGACAGCCCAUGCAGUUUGAAAUACAAUUUGAUCAACAGCGCCGUCGUCGCCCCAGUCAGGUAUCGACAACGGAUAGCCUUCCUGCAUAUGAUGACCAGCGCAGUCCUAGCUACGAAGCCACACAACAAGCCUUGAUACCAUCGAACCGAAGAUCGGAUGAAUCCGCAUCACCUGGUAGUUCAUGGCAAUCCCGUCUUGUCCUCUCGACCUCGGGACUCAGUGUCGCCAUGUCAGAAGAGUCACUUAGAAGUCUGAAAUAUUGUCUAAGUUGGAUUCGUUGGGCAAAUGAGCACAUAGGAAAGCUCAUUGUGGCAUUGAAAUCAGUUUUGGAGCAAUAUGAUAAUUCUGGCACCAUUGCUGACACCCCUUACUCCGACAAAGGUACUGAUAAUAAUCAGAGACAAGUGGUACUUCAUACAGAUGACCAACGGUCAGCCUUGACUGCAAAAAUUGCACAAUUGAACAAGGAUGUUUUGAAAACCUUAAAAGAGGUGGUGGAUAUCGUCUCGAAAUAUGCUGGCGGUGCUUUACCUGAAAAUGCUAGAGAUCUUGUACGUAGGCACUUAACAUCCUUACCUCGACGAUUUCAAAUUGCAAAUUCCGUCUCAAAUAGCGAGAAUCGAAGUCAUCGGGACGGAGAAAGCGAGGCUAAGGAAGGUGCACAAAGGGUUAUGGUAUUGGCGAAAGAAGGUUUGGAUAUGAUGACUCAAGUAUCAGGAGUUUUAGACGGAACUAUUGUUAGUGCGGAAGAAUGGUGUGAGAAGUUAGGUCGAAAGAAGCGAGACGAGAGGGAAGCCGCUACUCCACGAAAUGAGAAGAUGGCGAAUGAUGGAAGUGAAAGUGAAAUGAUGGAAAUGUUACCCGUCCCAAGUGGAGACGUCAAGGUAGGCUACACGGGGCUUGGUGAAGAGAGACCUACACUCGUUUAG